GUCAAGUGAAAAGCCAUAGAUCAAAACAUCAUCGAACUACAGCAGAUUAAAAAUAAGAGAAGCUCGAGGCUGCAAGAAUAUAAAAAGCGAUGAGAUUGUUCUUUCUUUUAGCUUCUUGUGCUCAAAGACAAUAAGCUCAAUUGCCUAUUUUCAAAAUGACAACAGGUGAACAUAUCUCAAAGAAACAAAAAACUGAACAAAAAAGAGAACCAUUGAUUCUAAACUUCUUCGAAGCUUUGACUCCUGUGUUACAUGCUCCUGGUCAAUGGAGAAAUCCAAGAGAUAAAUCAAGAGAAUAUUACAAGGCUGAAUACUGGGUUAAAUUGGCCCAAUUAGCUGAACGUGGUAAAUUACAUGGUUUAUUCAUUGGUGAUUCCUUAGCCAUUUAUGGUGGUUAUAAAGGUCCUUUCAAUUUUUCAGAAGCUGCUAAAUCUGGUAACAAUUUCCCAAAAUGUGAUCCAACUGCUUAUUUAGCUGCUAUUGCCAUUUCAACUAAGAAUGUUUCUGUCGGGUUAACUUGUUCCACAUUAAGUGAACAUCCAUACCAUUUUGCAAGAAGAAUUGCAACCCUAGACCAUAUUUCCGGUGGUAGAGUUGGUUGGAACGUUGUUACUUCAUUAUUACCAUCUGCAGGCAGACAAUUGACUGAUGAUAACAUUUUACCUGAAAAGACUUUGAGAUAUGAAAAGACUGAUGAAUACUUACAAGUAUUUUAUGAGUUGUUAUUAUCAUCCUGGAGAGAUGAUGCUUUAGUUUAUGAUAAAGAAAAAGGUAUCUUUUCUGAUCCAGAAGGUAUUAGAGAAAUUAACUUUGAUGGUAAAUUUUUCAGAGUUCCAGGUCCUCAAAUCACUGAACCAUCUCCACAAAGAAUCCCAUUGAUCAUUCAAGCAGGUUCUUCACCAAAAGGUCAAUUGUUAGGUGCGAAACAUGGUGAAGUUAUCUUCUUAAUUGGUGAUACUCCUGAAGACGCUAAAGAAAAAAUUGACACUGUUAAGAAAUUAGCAAAGGAAGAAUAUGGUAGAAACCCAGAUCAUCUUAAAUUUUUGACAAAUAUUAGAGUUGUUGUGGGUAAAACCCAUGAAGAAGCUGUUAAAAAAGCUGAAGAGAUUGAAUCAUACAAAGAUUUGGAUGGUACUUUGGUUCAGUUAGGAGGUGGUGGUCUUGAUUUAUCCAAAUGGGAUUGGGAUGAGGACUUAACAAAUGUUGAUGAUCCAGCUGUCAAAGGCCUUGCUAAUAGUUUCUUAAAGAAGCCAUUCCAUAAAGAAGGUGAGAUUGUCACUAGAAGAUAUAUUGCUGCUAACUUCUUUCAUAGUAAUUAUUUCAUCGGUACACCAGAGGAAGUCGCUGAUCAAAUUGAAGACUAUGUUGAAAGAUCAACUAUCAAUGGGUUUAAUUUCUCAAACGUUGUCUUCCCAGAAACUUUUGAAGAUAUUGUUGAUCUGUUGAUUCCUGAAUUGCAAAAAAGAGGUCUAGCACAAAAAGAAUAUGCAGUUGAAGGUGGUACAUAUAGAGAACAAGUUUACAGAACCAAAGGUCAUACAUUUGUUCCAGAAGACCACUAUGCCUAUGGUUUGAGAUGGAAAGCUGGUGUUUCCAAAGAAGAAUUUGAAAAGAAUUUGGAGGCUUUAAAAGAAAAACAAAAAGAGUUGAAAAUCACCUCUGAUUGAAAAGUGUAUAUUUCUACAAAGUUACUUAAUAUUAUGUUGAAAAGGAUCGUUAAAAUUAAAUAAAAUUAUGCUAUACUGUAAUACUACCACUCACGCCAUUUCAUUAUUAUUGAUUAGAAAGAC